AUGGCAGAAGGAACCCUCGCCUCUGUUUUCGAUCAUUCUACACCAAAAACUGAGCUAUACGACGUUAAAAAUGUUGCACCUAUGGUGUCUUCUUACAAUCAGCGCAUACGUCCGAUCCUUGAUGCUCUUGAGAACCUGAGGCGCCUAAACAUCACCAAAGAAGGGAUACAGCUUCCAGCCAUAGUAGUAGUUGGUGACCAAUCUUCUGGAAAGUCCAGUGUCUUAGAAUCUCUGGCUGGAAUCAACUUGCCCCGUGGACAAGGUAUCUGCACAAGGGUACCCUUGGUCAUGAGGCUCCAAAACCACUCACAUCCCAAACCAGAGUUGGAGCUGGAGUAUAAUGACAAACAUGUGCCCACGGAUGAGGCUCACGUCUCUGAAGCCAUUUGUGCUGCGACAGAUGAACUUGCCGGCUAUGGGAAAGGAAUUUCGAACACCCCAUUAACUCUUAUCGUGAAGAAGAAUGGUGUUCCUGAUCUCACCAUGAUCGAUCUUCCCGGCAUUACGCGAGUGCCUGUUCAAGGUCAACCUUUGGAUAUAUAUGACCAGGUUGUGAAUACUAUUAUGGAGUAUAUAAAGCCUGAGGAGAGCAUUAUUCUCAAUGUUUUAUCUGCCGCUGUUGAUUUCUCAACUUGUGAGUCCAUUAGGAUGUCACAGACUGUUGACAAAACGGGAGCGAGGACUCUUGCUGUUGUCACAAAAGUUGAUAAAUCCCCGGAGGGACUGCAUGAGAAGGUAAAUGCUGAUGAUGUGAACAUCGGUCUUGGCUAUGUGUGUGUAAGAAAUCGCAUUAGAGAUGAGUCCUACGAAGAAGCUCGUGAAGAAGAAGCCAAACUAUUCAAGACACACAAGCUUUUGUCCAACAUUGACAAGUCCAUUGUUGGUAUUCCGGUUUUGGCAGAGAAGUUGGUUCAGCUUCAAGCGGCUAGUAUUUCCAAAAUAUUGCCUGAGAUUAUUAAGAAGAUCAAUGACAAACUUGAUUCUCAGCUUUCCAAGCUGGAAAAAUUUCCCAGAAAACUCACCUCCUCGGUUGAUGUUAUGUCUGCAUUCAUGGAUGUCAUUGGGUUGACAAGAGAGUCCCUAUGCAAGAUUCUUCUGAAGGGAGAAUUUGACAAGUACCCUGAUGACAAACAAAUGCAUUGCACUGCUCGCCUUGUUGAAAUGCUGGAUCAGUACUCUAAUGAUCUCCGCCAGGGUUCUGAUAGUGCUGAAGAGAAGUUUUUGAUGAAAGAAAUUAAGGUGAUAGAAGAAACCAAGCGGAUUGGACUUCCAAACUUCAUGCCACGCACUGUUUUUCUUACACGUUUACACAGUAAAGUUGAAUCCAUUUCAAGCAUACCAAUUAAUUUCAUUGACAAGGUGUGGGACUAUCUUGAAGAUGUGGGGGUAACUAUCCUGAAACAUCACUCAGAACAUUAUCACCAACUUCAGACAUCUUUAAGACUUGCUUGGAAGAAGCUCAUUGCUAAGAUGAGGGAAAAUUCUAUGAAAUAUAUGCAAGAGGUUGUAGAAAUGGAGAAGCUAACCGAUUACUCUUGCAAUCCUGAAUACACAAUUGAGUAUAAUAAACUGAUUGCCAGCCAGAAUAAUUUGGUGGCAAGUGUUAAAGCAAGUUAUUCCUCGAUAGGUAUUAAUGGUUUUGGGGAUGUUCAGGUUAGUCAUCUGACCCUGUACAAAAAUUUACUUCCGCAAGCUUUUGACUUGAAAGUGAGACUAACAGCAUACUGGAAGAUUGUGCUUCAGAGGCUUAUAGACAACACUGCACUGCAUUUGCAAUUCAGCAUUUUCAACCUUUUAAGGAAGGAUCUAGGGUAUGAGGUUUUGAAUGAUGUGGUGUCUCCUAGUGGAGGUGGAAUAGAGAGAUUGUUUGAGGAAACUCCUUCAGUUGCUGUGAAGCGGGACGAUCUCAAUAGGAGCAUUAAGACUCUUAAGGAAAGUAAGGAAGUGGUGGCUAGCAUAAUUGACAAAAUUUCUACCUAUGGUAAUUAAAAUUAAGAAUGUCUUUUUUGAUGUUCGUGACCAUGUUAAUGUUGCAUCUAAGGUUUUAGA